AUGUCCUCCCUCACGUCUGGCAUCCUUGCCUCCGAUGAACUGACCCACCAGUUCACUAGCCUCACUUCGUCUACUAAUGUCAGAGGCAUCAUCGCUGGAAUCUCAAAUGAACAACUGGUACCCAUUGCUACCAUCCCACGGCGGGGUACCUUCGAAGAGGAUAUUCCACAACUCGAGAGCCUUCUAAAGGAAAACGAACCAGCCUAUAUCAUCCUCAGGAGACGAGACUCCGGACCGGCUCCUUUUAUCUGCCUCACAUAUGUUCCUGACCACGCUCAUGUUCGGAGUAAAAUGCUUUUCGCCAGCACCAGGAAUACAUUUACAAGAGAACUUGGGACAGAGUACUUCUCGGAGUCCAUCUUCGCGACGACAAAGGCUGAAGUAACGGUGGAAGGAUUUAAGAAGCAUGACGCCCAUGUCGCUAAGGCUGCACCGUUAACGGAGGAAGAGAUCGCUCUGAAAGGUGUAAAGGAGGCUGAAGCUGAGGCAUCGAGGGGUACUACCGCCCGUGCGUCCCAUGUCAGCGGCAGCGUAGCUUUCCCCGUGAGUGAUGCAGCUCUGGAUGCUCUCCGACGCCUCCCGAAUAAUCCGAACGGCUUGGUCCAAUUGAUGCUUGACAUUCAAAGGGAGACUAUUGAACUCGCUGACGAGUCGACAUCAACUGCACACGACUUGAUAACGGCCAUUCCGAAUACCGCCCCACGUUUCUCCUUUUUCAACUUCAGCCAUAAAUACCCUGGAGUACCGGAAAAUCCAAUCGUAUUUAUAUAUACUUGCCCACCAAGUAGCAAGAUCAAAGAGCGCAUGCUGUAUGCAUCCAGCCGAUCAUCGGUCUUAGCUAUCGCAGAAAGGGAUGCCGGGCUUACAAUUGCCAAAAAGUUGGAGUCCGGGGACCCAGAUAUCUCUGCACAACAGCUAGCGGAAGAAUUCCAGCCCAAGACUGAGCAGAAGCAAGCUUUCCAGCGACCAAAGCGUCCCGGAAGGAAGUAG